CAGAGUUAGUAGCACAUUUGAUACUCUCACACUCGAAUGUUGAUGGGGAGUUUUGAACUGUUAGUUUAAAUGCUGUGAAGUAUUUUACAGACAGAAAGAGAAAAAGAAGAAAAAUACAAUUAGUUCUGACUCUAAUGAAGACAAUUGCGAAAAGACGGUUAAUUUCUGGUCACAGGAUUCGCUAAGUUGAGCUUCGAAAGAUGGCGGAUCUUGACUCUUUGUUUUCUGUACCAGCUUCAGUUUUUUUCUUUGGUUUGAUCUGUUUCAUGCUCUGUCUUCUGGUCACAUGCGUUGUACUAAACCGACUGUGUAGAACCAUUGAGCGAAGAUACAUUGUUCAAGGUAGAAUAGUGAUACCAGAAGAACCAAUUAUGUCAAUGGAUAGGGAUAGUCCUCCACCGUAUUCAUUGCCACCAAGUUACGAAGAUGCCCUAAAGCAAAAGGUAUUCCUCACGAGUGACACAGAAGAAGGUGUAGAAGACAAAAAGAAAGCUCUCACAGACAUAAUAAUUGCAUGUAAUGCAGAACGAGAUCAAGUCUCGAACGAUAGCAAGUUGCUUUAAAUUAUGCAAUGACAAAUAAUGCAGGCAUUUUCAUGUGGGAAAAGUUCUUGCCAAAACUUGAAAACUUUGACUUCAAAACUAUAAAUCAUGCAAGACAUUUUGCACGUACAGUCAAAUCCAGUUAUUACGAGCUUCAACGGACCGCCAAUUUUGUUCGUUGCAACCGGAAGUUUGUUGUAAUGGAUAUCAAGCACUGUAAUGGCAGUUAAAAUUGGACUGAAGAUAUAGUUCGUUGAAACGAUUGUUUUGUUGUAUUGGCAUUCACUAUAAUGAGUUUUUACUGUACUUUCGAAUUAUAUAUUUUAUCUCUACUUUUGAUGAGCUAUAAUGACAUAAUAACAGAUUUCAUUUAAGAGUUUAUUCACAGACGA